AUGAAGACCCGAUCAGCCCCUGCCAAGGGCAAGAAGUCCGAAGAGACUGUCGACCAAUCUCAGCCAAAAGCUCUUGUCUCGGAGACACCCAGCAAAACGUUCAUCCUCCCUUCUGCUAGCGACAAUGCGCGACUCCUCAGCCUUCCUCAACCCCAAUCGGGGGAAUUGAGCCGUUAUUUCUUCUGCCCGGAGCGUGGCUUAUUCGAAUUUACAGUGGUUGCACCACCUGCUCAUAUGGCGCGAAGCAUCCUAUUCACCCCCCAAGCACCCCAAUCCACACCCCCUUCGGAAGAGGAGAACGAGGGAAAUGACCAGCCCUCCGCGAGGCCUACAAUUACGAAGAAAGCCGAGCUUUUGGUAGCGACGCCAAUUGAUGCCAUGUUCUUUAUGGUUUCAUUGUUGGCUCCAUCCUCGAAAUCAGGACAAUCCUUUUUCCAGCCAUUGGAUGAUAUUAUCGACUCGAAGGAUGAUAUGCCGAAGCACUUUCGCCAGGUGUUGUACGACGAGACAUUCAGGACCCACCUUCUGACUCGCGUGGAGGCUAUUUGUGAUAGCGUCGAGGCAGGCGACGAGAAGAUGUUCCGCUUCAACGAGACCAAACUAGUCAAGGAACUGAUCGCAAAGGCAGAACGGAUGGCAGAUCGGGGACUGCCAGUGAGUCUGGAGGAGCGUUUUAUUCGCCAGGCACUGGCAACACCCUUGAUGUCCGUCAAGCGUGAAGAUAUCGUAACUAGCCAGGAACCACCCAAGGACAGCGAAUCACCCUCCAACUCGGAAGAAAGACAGGAUUCACCAUCGACGGUAGCUACAAAUAGCACACCCUCCAUUUCAACGCCCGCUGGAGAAUCUACACCUGUACCUCAGCCACCUGGCACAGACUCAGCAGCCCUGGCUCAUGUUGCUCGCCUACUCCGGAUCUCCACCGCGCUAUCCUACAUGAAAGAAUCAUAUCUACCCGACUCUAUUGCCGCACGGCUAGAUGAAGUUCUUGAUUCGACAGAAAGUCCACUUGACUUAAAGCCUUUGAAGGACCGCCUGAGGGAGAUCGCAGAACUUCGUGCCCAAGCCAUCGCAUCCCGUAACAUGUCCGACUUCACUCGCAAACGUGCCUUGGAUGAUGAGGAAGAGGAUGUCCGCGCCGAGAAGAAGCGGAAAAAGGAUGAAGAAGAAAAGAAAAAGAAGGCUGCUGAAUCCCAUGCUGUUAAAAACCUGAAAAAGGUCAACACGUCCGGUAUGCAGAAGAUGAGUGCCUUUUUCGCGAAGGCGCCUCCCAAAAAGAAGACGUGA